AUGGAUCCUGAGGAGAUCCAGAUGGAUCCUGUCUUCCACGAGGAGCCAGGACUGAUUCAAGCAGUGACAGCCGCCCUGUGCAUCAGCGUCCUCUCUGCCUGCCCCUUCUCCAUGGGGACCCUCCUGAACCUCAGCGUGAGGGACCAUGGCCGGUCAGACUCUCUCCUUCUGUCCUGGGAUGAGCCAGAGGGGGGUGCUGAGGGAUAUUCGCUCGUCCUCUCCUCCCUGGGAUCAGACACGCCACUGCAGAAUGGAUCUGCUGGAUCCAAUGUCACCAGCUUCUGGUUCCACGGGCUGACCCCUGGCAUGCGCUAUGAGAUUGAGGUGACGGCCACGCUUGCCUGCAUGGAGACCACCAGCCAGACGGUCACAGCACAGACAAGUCCUUCACCUGUCCGCAACCUGAGCCUGAGCAGUGGCGGGAGCUCUGCCGUGCUGCGUGCCUCCUGGGCGCAUGCCCACGGGCAGCGAGAUGGCUACCACCUCGCCCUCUACCACAGCGACUCCCAGACGCUCGUGAGAAAUGUGUCCAUCCUGCCAAACGCUUCCAUGUUCCUGUUUGAUGGGUUGCUGGCUGGCAGCGAGUAUGCCUUGAAGGUCAGCACACUGGCUGGAUCCAGCCAGGCGAGCACCAGUAUCCACCAGUGGACAGGUGCUGCGGGGGCCGCCUGGCUGCACCUCGCACUCCACAACCUCCCUGCCCAGACGGUGACCACGACCCUGUCAGCCAGGAGGGGCCUCACCAGCUACACCUUCCAGCAUCUCCACCCCGGCACCCAGUACUGGCUGGGGCUGAGCGUCAUGGCCGGGCCCUACACCGUGGCAGGGCCCAAUGCCACUGCUUGGACAUACCCCCUGAGCCCUGGCAAUGUGACCCUGAGCAGUGCAGAGGAGCAGAGCUCCUUGCAGGCUCGCUGGAGCACCCCAGCGGGAGAAAGGGACUUCUACCUGGUGACACUGCAGGAGGCAGAGGACGGUGCUCCAACGAGGAACAUCUCUGUCGGUGGAGACAACGGUCAUGUCACCUUCCAUGGCCUGAGCCCCGGGAAACAAUACUCUGUCCAGGUGACGGCGGUGGCUGGGCCUUACCGGGCAUCAGCUAGCAGCACAACAGCCUGGACACAGCCGCUAGCACCAUCUGGUGUGAGUCUGUCCAGCCAGGGGAGACCCUACAGCCUACUAGCCAGCUGGGAGGAGGCAAUGGGAGAAGGCUACGUGCUGGCCCUCAGCCCCAUGGAGCACCCCGUGAAGAACAGCUCACUGCUCAGAGGUGUCACUAACUUCACCUAUGAGGGCCUCCACCCUGGGACCCUCUACACCUUUGAGGUCAGCACCGUGGCUGGCCCCUACACAUCCGCACCCCGGCGCAUCACCAACUGGACAUAUCCUUUGCCCCCGGAGCAGCUGACCCUCAGCAAUCAGGGCCACAGCACUUCUCUGCAAGCCUCCUGGACAGCAGCUCCCACUGGCAGCACUGGCUACACAGUCACCCUCUGGGAAACCAAGUCCCAGGAGCAGGUCAUGAACAUGACUGUGGGGAACAACUGGACAAAUGUCACCUUCGAGGACCUGGUCCCUGGGCGACAGUAUAUGCUGGAGAUGGCUGCUAUGGCUGGACCUUACAGAUCCCCUGUGCGAUCAGCCACAGACUGGACGUACCCCCUGGCUCCAGCUGGCGUGACCUUGACCAACACCCGACGCCCGCUGGGACUCUCUGCCUUCUGGGAGAAGGCUGAUGGCGACGUUGACCAGUUCCAUCUCCAGCUCUACAGCAAGAGCCAUCCAGCACAGAGGAACAUCUCCGUGGGGCCAAACACCCACAACUUCACAUUCCUGGGGCUGUCCCCUGGCAUUCAGUACUUCCUGAAGGUGACCGUCCUCGCUGGCCCGUACAGAUCCUCGUCACAUUUUGCCACCGAGUGGACAUAUCCACUGUCUCUGGCUAACGUGAGUGUACAGCCUGGCCGGAGACCCCAGGAGCUACAUGUGAGCUGGGUGGAGGCAGGCGGUGGCAGAGACCACUUGGUACAGCUCUCGGUGGCUGAAUCCCUGUCCAUCAUCAGGAAUGUGUCUGUCCCCCGUGGAGUCAGCCAGCUUGACCUGGAAGGGCUGGUGCCGGGGUCCCGAUACCGUGUGGAGAUAAUUUCUCAAGCUGGGCCUCAUCGCACCUCCUCUCAGACUGCCAUUGGCUACACUGUUCCUGCUGCACCAACAAACCUGAGCCUUACCAACCCAGGCAGCUCCUCAGAGCUUUACACAUGCUGGAACAAGCCCCCUGGCAGGAGGGACCACUACCGCAUUAUUCUGUAUAGCCUGAGCACCCAGAGCAGGGAUCGGGUCCAGACCUUGGGUCCAGAUGCCCAGAACAUCACCUGGACUCACUUGGAGGCAGGCAGCAGGUUUGCUGUGCAGGUCACUGCUGUGAAAGGCUUGUUCGAAGCUUCCUCAACCAACAUCACCCAAUGGACAUAUCCUUUGGCACCUGCCAACCUCACCCUGGGCAGCCCCUCUGCCUCCGCACUGCAGGCCUCCUGGGCAGCAACGGGGCAAGGAGCAGAAGGCUACGUGAUGGAUGUCUAUGACACAGCCUCCAGCAGUCAUGUUGGGCGCAUGGUGCUGGGUGGGGAUGCCAGGAGUCACAUCUUCAGGAACCUGAGCCCCGGCACCCGCUACAGUGUGACAGUGAGGGCCACAGCUGGGCCCUUCCACACCAGCACCCCCAACCUCACCCAUUGCACACGAUACGAGUACUGCCUGGAAGCCAGUGCCAUGGCUGGACCGUACCAGGCAGCGGCACCCAACAUCAGUGGCUGGACACGGCACCCAGACAGACUGAGUGCGUCAUGGGGAGCUGCGGCCGGGGGCCGAGAUGGCUACGCACUGACCCUGUAUCAUGCACGGCUGGGCACUGUGGCAGCUACAGCCUCACUCAAGAGAGACACCCACAACUUCACCUUCACGGGACUGGCCCCAGGAAACAAGUAUGUGCUGGAGGUGGUGUCCAUGGCGGGGUCCUACCAGACACCUGCAGGGAAUGUCAGCAACUGGACAUGUGAGUACCCUGUUUUGAGGGUGAUGCAGUGUGGGCAGUCACGAAACUGGGCAGUCAUGGCAAUGGACAUGGCCCCGCUGAUCUUCAUGGCAGAUCCUGAGCCCUGCCUGAACCCAAGGGCAUAUCCCCUGGCACCCCAUAAUGUGUACAUGACGAACCAGGGGUAUCCCAACAGGCUGAGUGCAUCCUGGCGAUCUGAACCCCAAGGACAAGACAGUUACAGGCUCCUCCUGUAUCAUUCGGGGUCAGGACACAAAUACCUGCUGGAAGUAAUGGCUGUGGCAGGGCCCUAUGCAGCCUCCGCAGGGAACAUCAGCGACUGGACAAAGCCAAACCCAGUGGAAGACGUGCAAUGCCUGCCAGAGUCAAGGAGCCUUUACUUGAACUGGACCAGCUCUCCUGGAGAUGUGGAGGCUUAUGAGGUGGUGACAGAGAGACUCUCUGAUGGACCUCCCACCUCCAAGUAUGUCAUGAGCAUGCCGACGAGCGAGGCCAGUCUGGAGGGGCUGGGGCCAAACUCAUCCUAUAGAAUCAUUGUGAGCACAGUGGGCAUGAACACAAUGAGGAGCCAGGCUGUGACUCUGCUGUGCAACACAACAGUGGAGGCCCUGCCUCCACCCCUGCGAGCAGACAUCUUCCAGGUGGAGGCCAGCUCCACGGUUAUCAUUUCGUCUGACCUUUUCAGCGAGGAGAACGGCCAGAUCGAGUUUUAUGGUGUCAUCGCUACCACUAAUGACUCACUGCUGAGGCCCACCCUGGAAAUCAUGUCCAGCACAUGGUAUGACCACUAUUAUGGGACAGAGGACUCCUACCUGGCUGUGCUAAUCCCCAAUCCCUUCCACCCGAGCCCCAGGAGCUCCCCUGAAACCUGGAGAGUACCAGUGGGAACAGAAGAAUGUGGCCAGUCCAGGGCAACAUGCAAUGGGAAGCUGAAAGCCAACGAACAGUACAGGUUCAGCAUUGCUGCCUUCACCAAAUACGACCCAAUAGCCCCUGCAGUGACGUUCACCAUGUUCUCAGCUAUUUUUGCUUUGGUGUACUGGAAACAGCUCAGAGCAAAGAGAACCAAAAAGAGCAGCCUGCCCCAGGAAAUGGUGACCUACAGCUUGCGAAACGUCCAUCGGCCAAUUCCCAUACAGAACUUCAAGCAGUACUAUGAGAUGAAGACAGCAAGUGCUAACCACGCUUUUUUCCAGGAGUUUGAGGAGCUGAAGGAAGUUGGGAAGGAGCAGCCAAAGGUGGAGGCUGAGCUACCAGCGAAUGUCUCCAAGAACAGAUAUCCCCAUGUGCUGCCCUAUGACCACUCUCGGGUCAAGCUGAGCCAACUGGGGGAGGAUCCAUACUCAGACUACAUCAAUGCCAACUUCAUGCCUGGCUAUACAUCCCAGCGGGAGUUCAUUGCCACCCAGGGGCCACUGAAGAAAACAAUAGAGGACUUCUGGAGGCUGGUAUGGGAGCAGAAUGUCUGCAACAUCAUCAUGCUGACAGUGUGCAUGGAGAACGGGCGGGUUCUCUGUGAUCAUUACUGGCCAUCCGAAUCUGCCCCAGUCUCCUAUGGGCAGGUCCGUGUCCACCUGCUGAUGCAGAGCAGCUCAGAGGAGUGGACCAUGCGCGAGUUCAAACUGUGGCACGAGUGUCUCCAGGCAGAGCGCCAUGUGUCCCACCUGCACUACACGGCAUGGCCUGACCAUGGGAUCCCGGAGUCCACGACUUCCAUUAUGACCUUCAGAGAGCUGGUUCGGGAGCACAUCCAGAGCACCAAGGACGCGGGGCCGACCCUCGUGCACUGCAGCGCCGGGGUGGGCCGCACUGGCACCUUCAUUGCCCUGGACCGGCUGCUGCAGCAGUUGAAGCAGGAAAAAGUGGUGGACACAUUUGGUGUUGUUUACGCCUUGCGGAUGAACCGUUACCUGAUGAUUCAGACGCUGUCCCAGUAUAUUUUCCUGCACAGCUGUAUCCUGGACAAGAUCUUGGAGGAACCACUCCUGGGUUUAUCAGGGACAGAGAG